AUGGAGAAUAACAAUCUUAGUUCAAGUACUGGUAGUUUACCGUCUGGUAGUUCACCGUUAGACAAUGAGAAGAUACAAAAGAUCGUUUCAAACUAUCAGAAAGUAAAGACACAGAAUGCUCUAUUGAAAAAAGCUAUCAUUGCUGAACAGCAAAAAUCAAGUGAAUUGGAUAAAGAUUUGAAGGAGAAGGAUCAGGCGUUGGUGACAGCGAUGCAGGAACACGAUGUUUUGGAGUUCAACAACCAGAGAUUAACAAAGCGAUUGCAAACCAUUCAGGAUCAGAUGAAUGAGAAGCAACAGGGUGGUGGAGGUGGUUCAUUCAAGUUCUUUGGUAACAAAGUUGAACUUCAAAAGAAGGAAGAGGAAAUCAAUCUAUUGAGACAUGAACUUCAAGAGAAAAUCGAUGAUAAUCAGAAUUUACAUAAUGUUACAAAUGAGAAAGAGAUUGCUUAUAAGAUGGUAGAAUCGAAUUUGAAACAUCAGAUCUUUGAGCGUGAUAAACUUAUUGUGGAGAAGGACAAAGAGAUUGAAAAACUGAUAAAUCUUCAAAAGGACAACGAACAAGAACUCAAACAACAGACACAAUCUUUAAGAAAUACCGUUACUAAUUUAUUGACUGAUAUGAAAAAAGUUUUAGCAAGUAUAAAGUUAAGAGAUGAUAUCAUUGAACAAAUUAAUGAACUUGUAAAGAAUUGUAUAAAUAAUACACCUGUUGUUACAAUUGAUUAUCCAUUGGAUAAUAUUACACCAUCGAAUGAGAGAAUCAGUUUCGAAAGUUUGGUAUUCGAUAAGGAUUUCUCAGUGGACACAUCGCAUGAUUCUAUUCAAUCGUUACUCAACAUUGACAAUUGGAGACCAAGUUAUAGAUCAAUAGUCUCAAACAUCCAGUCUAUUUUCUCACAGAAUCUAACUCAAUUGUCAUCGAUCAUCGGUUCACACAAUCAAAAGAUGAAACUGACUGAAUCUACAUUCAAAGAUCAACUACUAAAGUUAAAUGAAUCAUUAAAUCAAUUGACUUUGGAGAAAGAGGAGAAUGCAUUCACUAUGAAUACGGUGAAGGAUGACCUGUCACAGAAGGAGUCGAUGCUGUCCAAUGCCAAUAGGGAUAUUCGUGAGUUGAAGGAUUUGAUGGAGCAACUCUCCGAUUCCAAUAGGGAGUAUGAGUUGCAGGUGGAGAGUGACGCCGCCAAGUUCAGUGGUUUGAAGACAAAGCUCGAGACUGAGUUGGAGGAGUUGAAGAACACUCAUAAGAACGAGGUGAAGCAACUCUCUGAUCAACAUCAAGGACUACUCAAACACCAGAAGAAUAUGAUGAAUUCCAAGUUUGAAGAGCAGCGAACAUCGAUCAGUCAAUACGAGAAGAAAGUUGCACAUCUUCAACAACUGAUGGCACAGCUACAGCAACAACAUCAACAACAAUUGCAAUCAUUACAACAACAACAUCAACAACAAUUACAACAACAGCAACAACAACAACAAAAGUCACCUGUUAUUCAAUCUUCACCUGUUAAUCUAAUGGAUAAUGACUUGAUUGAUACUCAACAACAGCAACAACAAACAUCGACAAAUGAGGUUAUAACAAUAGAUAAUAAUAAUAAUAUUAAUAAUAAUACAGUACUUUCACCAAAUGGUUCACUCAUUGAUUUAUCAUUCUUUGAACAACCAAAUGUUAGUGCAACAACAACAACAACAUUAUCAACAUCACAAACCAAUUCACCAAAUCAACAAUCAUUCAAUAGUACAAAUAAUAGUCUGAUCGAUCUCGAUGAUAAUAGCUUUGAUUUACAACAACAAUUGGCAACUUCAUCAACACUAAACAAUUCAAAUCCAUCUGUACCACCACCAAAGAUUGAAGAUAAUAUCGUUGUUACCAUUCCAAAUCUACAGACAUCCACCAACGAUUCAUCGUCAUCAUCGAACAACACCACCACAGAACAAUCAACUAUAACACCAUCCGGUAGAUUCAAACUUAAUGUAUUAGAUGAUUUUGGUGAACAAUCAGAUGUAAGUUCCUGUUAA